CUCCAGGUCCCCCCGCCCGCCUCGCAAGCUGGUCGCCCUAAGAACGAGGCCAACGAUUUUCCGCCCCUCGACGGGCCAAGUUCCCGAUCCUCCGGCGAGUCGCUGAACUCUAGAUAUGAGCAGGAACACCCGGUCACUAGUGUAAAAUCAGCCGAUUCGAAGCUGGGCGACGAACGUGACGAGGAGACCGCGGCCGAGAGGAAAAGACGUGAGGCUGCACUUGGAAUUACGGGGAAUGACGAACCAGAUAGCGACGAUGAUGGUGAUCCCGGCUGGCGCAUGACGGACGCAACCAAUAGCAGUGCCCAGGGGCCAACCAGAAGCCCGGGCAUUCGUUUUGCUGACCAACCACGCUCGCCAAGCACCGGGCCUCCCGUCGGUCUCGCGCCUCGAGGAAAGACGCUAAGCUGGGGGAAAGACGUAGUAAUGGGGAAGGGGAAGGGGAAGGAAUGAAGAUGUCAUGCAUGAGUGAUGAAUCACGAAUGAGAAGGAAAACAAACAAACAAAACAAAGCAUCAUCUGUUAAAUGAGGGGUUAUGCGGUGUUAAUUGGGGAUAUCAUUAUGGUGUGCUUUUCCAGUUUGCUACUUGACUUGUCUCCUCACUGUCAUUUCCCUAACCUUACUUUUUUGUCCCCCCCCUCUUUUUCCUGUUCAGAGCUUUUUACUAUAAUUAUGAAUCUUUUCCUCCCAUUCAAACCGUUUUUUUCGUUUUCCAUCAUAAAAGUUUUUUUUUUUUUCUUUUUGGAAACUCUCGGCGUUGAUUUUUAACACAUUUUUCCAUAAAAUUUCUUACAAUUUGUGUAUGCUUCGAGCUUGUAGCCUUUUAGUUACGUCUAGGUAUUCAUUUCAUUGCAUAGGAUUAAA